UCUGUGACAUCAGCCCCGGGGCCAAGGGCAGAGCAGCAGUGGAAGUUCUGUGGGCAGUGCAUUAGCAGCUGCACUGGUGGUGACAGGCUUUCUCUUCUUGCAGCUAACUUGUGUCUCUGACAACAAUGAUUUUGUUGUGCAUCCUCAUCCUGCUGGCUAUGUGCGGGCCUGCACAUGGCAUCUGUGGACAAACCUGUGGGCUCCGGCCCAUGCGUACUGCCCUCAGCUCAUCACGCGUUGUGGGUGGCAUAGAUGUCGCACCAGGCUUAGGAGCCUGGGCUGGGAUUGCCAGUAUCCGUUGCUUCUGGGACCCACCAGUAUCUGCGCAUGUCUGUGGAGGGACCCUCAUCAGCUCACAGUGGCUCCUGACAGCUGCCCACUGCUUCAUCAACAUCACAAAUCCCAUCAGCCAGUGGGCCAUCGUGCUUGGGGCCACCUCGUUGGGCCAGUCAGGCCCUGAUGUGGUAGUGCGCCGGAUUAAGCGGCUGAUCAUGCACGAAAAUUAUAUUCCUCAACUUGAGUAUAACGACAUCGCCUUGCUGGAAUUGGACCGGCCAGUCCCAUGCAGCUCCUCCAUUCAGACUGCCUGCCUGCCUGGUCCUGGAGUGAAAGUGUCUGAGCUGAAAAACUGUUACGUUGCUGGCUGGGGUGACAGAAUUGUAAAAUCUUCAGGUAACGAUAUCCUGCAGCAGGCCAAGGUGCAAGUCGUGGAUAACAAGCUCUGCAACAGUAGUGAGUGGCUGCAUGGGUACAUCUACGACUUCCAUGUGUGUGCUGGGCAGGGCGGCGUUGGUACCUGCCAGGGUGACAGUGGGGGUCCUCUUGUCUGCCAAGAUAAGCAUGCUGACUUCUUCUGGCAAAUUGGUGUGACCAGCUGGGGAGUGGGCUGUGCUAGACCUAAACGGCCUGCAGUGUCCAGCGCCACUCAGUACUACUACGACUGGAUCCAGAAAAAGAUUGGAACAAGGCCAGCACCAACAGUUACUCCAACCCCCCUGCAGACGCCAAAACCAACACAACCCUGUCCAUUUCCACGUGAAAAGCUGCGGCAAUUCUUUAAUCUGCUGAAGGAGAUCUUGCAGUUCCUAAAGGAAAAAAUGUUUUGAACAGCAGAAUGGACCAGCUGCAGUUCAGGGUAUUGUGGACCACAACCCUUUCCUUCUGUGUUAUAUUAAUUUGAAUUUCAUUAAACUGAAUUAAA